AUGUCCUUCCCAGCCCCCACAGCGACAUAUCACCACAAACCCUACCCAGCAAUCGAUCCAAUCCGUCCCGAACUGUCAGCCGAGGGGAAAAGCAUUGUCGUCACUGGCGGCGGUACCGGUAUUGGCGCAGAGAUUGCGCGUUACUUCGCCAAAGCAGGUGCAUCUCGAAUUCUCAUCCUCGGCCGCAGAGAGGCGCCUCUCCUCUCGACUAAGGCGUCGAUCAGCGAAGAAUCCCCCAGCGUCAAAAUCUCUUGUGCGCCGGCCGACACCACCAAAAAGACCGAAAUCGAGGCUGCAUUCGCCGAGUUUUGCAAGGGCGGCAAGAUUGAUGUCCUCGUCAGUAACGCAGGAAUCUUUGGCCUUCAGUCGCCCAUCAAGGACGCGAACGUUGACGAAUGGUUCUCCGGCAUAGAGACCAACGUCAAGGGCUCAUUCACAGUGGCCCAAUCUUUUCUCAGUCACGCUGCACCCGGAGCUGUCGUAAUCAAUGUUUCCUCAGCCGUAUGGCACAUCAACAUUAACGGCGCCACCUCCUCCUACGGUACCGCCAAAGCCGCCAGUCUGCGGUUUUUCCACGCACUUGCCAACGAGCAUCCGGAGCUGACCAUUUACAAUCUGCAACCCGGCACGGUGCUGACGGAUUCGGCGAAGGAGGUAGGCUUUGGAGGGGAAGAGAUGACGCCGGAAAAGAAGGAGAUGAUGAAGUUGGCGGAUGACGUAGGAUUGCCGGCGGCCUUUUGUGUGUGGCUGGCUAGUCCGGAGGCGGCGUUUCUGAAGGGGAAGUUUGUGUGGAGCAAUUGGGAUGUUGAAGAGCUAAAGGAGAGAAAGACCGAGAUUGAGGGGGGCUGGUUGGAUUUUGGGGAGAUUGGGUGGCCCUUUGCCUAG